GCGAAGACCACUGAUGAUGGUCAGUUGAGGAUUCGCGAGGCUGUGCGCGCGUGUUUGCGCGCGCGCGUGUGUGUGUGUGUGUGCUGAAAAGCUAAUUGCGCCAUUAGCGCGGCCCCGCGUCUCUGACCCGUGACGCUUUGAAUUUACAUGAAAAAGGCUGCAGCGGCCAUUUAGAUCCUGCAAGCUUUUCUCGUUUAUCUAACCACCUCAGUCUUAUUUAGCUAAUAAUGCGCACCUUAACACUUAAAAAAUGUAUUGUGUCGCCGUCUGUAUGCAACGGAUAUUGAUUUCUGUUUGGUCCGUCGUCUCUUAGAAGCACGUGGACUCAAUAACAGGACUUAUUUGGGAAAACAGCCCUACCAGAUUUACAGCCUUUUUGAGUAUUUUACAAGCCAAUACAUUCCACUUAAAUCCUCAUAAAUUCCUAGUAUCUCGCGCAAAAUCCCCUUUUGACAUUGUGAAAACUAGCAUAUAUUUUAUUAAUCCUUAUCUUGAGAAGGACUAUAUGAGCUGUUUCAGCCGUUUCCCAGGGCGCAAACUAGACUGACCAUUCAAAAGCUCCUUUUCUUUCUUUUUUUCCUGCGGGAGCACAUUUGGAAUAGCUAAAGCCUUGUGUAGCCUACACUAAUGCCUAUUUUCUCCGCAGAGCUAAUUCCCUACCCUGAUUCUCCACUUAAACGGAACAUUUUAAAGACAUAGAUCUCCAGAAGAGGGGAAGACGCUGCCCUAAUCUAAACAGUCUUGUUGAUGGUGAGCGGAUGAGAUUAUGUCGACAUGCCCUCCUUUUCUUUCCACACGGUUUGGAAGCAAUGGGCCUUCAGACCCUGGCGCCUGCACUUGGCAAUAGGCGACCAGGAGGGAGGUGUCCCGUUACAGCGUGUUUGCCCUUUCGCACACAGAUGCGGCAUAGUAUCUUAUCCACGGAUUGCCGAGACAGGAAACGAAGAUACGUCUAAUCUUAAAAGCACCGUAGUGAUGAUGGGAAGAACUGUGAUGUCGUGGGACCAUUCAGAGACAAGAAGAUAAUAAUGCUAUUCGAGUUACCGUAUAUAAACUCAACCAAUUACUUACCAAAUGAAGGAUUUAGCUGUUUAAACUGUUUUGAUGAUACAAAAUUAUAAGGCGUUUAAUUGUGCUGCCUUUUAGGUUUGACUGUUUUCUUUUGGGGAAAAAAAACUGUAAUAAAAGCUUUCUUACCUUUAACAGUCUGAGGGGAGUCGAUAGAUCAAUAGUUUUUAAUAUUAUUUCAUAAAUUAGUCUUCCUGGCCCACAACGACAGCGAGAGAGAUAGAUAGAUAGAUAGAUAGAUAGAGAGAGAUAGAGAGCGAGAGAAAGAGAGAGAGAGAGAGAGAGAGAGAGAGGCUGACUCUAUCAGUCCCUCCCCCGCUUCAGGACGUCACUGAAAGGGAGAGGACAGCAUCUUGGCUGACCCAGCUCUUUCUCUAGCUAACUGAAUUCAGCCAACCAAACAGGAUCGGCCUCUCUCUUUCUCUCUCAGCCUUCCAGCCAUAGACACACAGCCAAGGGAGAGGGAUGUCACAACUGAAAGAAAACCAGUCCUCCUCCAGCUGCAUGAAAAACAAGCAGUUUGCGUCCAUUAUUCACGCUUACGCACGGUUUUACUUUUACGCGUCGUCCGGAGACAAAUUGGUCCAAUUUGUGGCCUGUUGACUAUUUGUUAUCUGUCAUCUCUCUGUUGGUGGUAAUAAUGCUCCCCAGCCCGCUCAUAACUUCUUCCACCACGCCUUUCUCUGUGAAAGACAUUCUGAAGUUAGAGUUGCAGCAACAAUCUCAGCAGCAGCAGCUCCAGUUGAUCUCCGGCUUCGGUCUCUCCGGCGCGCUGUCACAGCCAAAUAAACCGUUCCGCUCUCAUUCGCCGCCCUCCUGCAUGUUGGCCGGUAGGGACAGUCCGAGUCCCGUAAGCUCCGGCCUCUCGGAGAGCGAGGAGAGGAUGUCGUACCUCAACACGCUGACUGUACAGGACCGGCUGGCGGAGUCCGGGAUGCCAGGGGAGAUGUUCGGCAACCCGGCGCAGAACCACUCUGCAGACCUCCGGCGGGAGACCGAGCAAGAGGAACAAGAUACCAAGAGCUGCGGUACGUUGCGGGGUGAUUCUGAGGAUCCAGACUCGGAGAAGCCUGCCACCAAGCAGCAGAGGAGCAGGAGGAAACCCCGCGUCCUCUUCUCCCAGGCUCAGGUGUUUGAGCUGGAGCGGCGCUUCAAGCAUCAGCGCUACCUGUCCGCCCCGGAGAGAGAGCACCUGGCCAGCUCCCUGAAACUCACCUCCACCCAGGUCAAGAUCUGGUUCCAGAACAGGAGGUACAAAUGCAAGAGACAGCGGCAGGACAAGACUCUGGAGAUGGCAGGGCAUCACCAUCACCACCACCACCCGCCGCCGCCCAGGAGGGUGGCUGUGCCGGUGCUGGUACGGGACGGGAGGCCUUGUAUGACUGGAUCCCAGAACUAUAACACUUCUUACACAGUCGGAGCUCCAAACCCGUACAGUUACAAUGGCUAUCCAGCCUACAGCUACAACAACUCGGUGUAUACUAACACGUACUCCUGUACUUAUUCUAGUUUGCCUGCUCUACCGCCCAGCAACACCACUGCUAAUGCUUUUAUGAACAUGAAUUUAGGAAACCUCGGUGCACAGACGCAAAGCCAGGCGUCCCAAGGACCAGUCGUCACACCCUGCCAGGGAACUCUGCAGGGCAUCAGGGCAUGGUAGCGCAGACUUUACACACAAUCACAGCUGGGAGUGACUUCUCUGGGAUGGCUGAAUGGACUCGGCAGCAUGUAAACCUGAUCGACUAAUGCAACGAAAGCACAAUUUGAAACUCUGUAACAGAAAGCGUUGGUCAGUUGGCUGUAAUUCAAGGCAGGCCUAUAUGGAAACCCUAACCCGUUGACUGAGAUACAACCAGUUUGCGCAUUGUUCUCUGAGCCACAAUGUUUAGAAAACGUAUUAAACCUGCUGUUGGAUAUUUGUCGGAUUGAAUGUCGCCGAUUAGCAAAGACUGUGCGUAAUGGCAUAUUGUGGUUCAAAAUGGAUGUAAUGAUGUGCGACAAAAAUAAAGGUAAACACAUUUCUAAGCAUAA